UAUCGUGGGUUGUAUCGAUGUUGUUGCUUUGUAAUACAAAGCGGGGGGAAACCCUUUCUCGGCAAAAGAGAAAAAACUGAUCUGUAGUUCUGUACCGUACUGCUUUACAGGCCGCGCUGCCCAUCGGAGACGCGCAUGGAGAUCGACGCGCAUCCUUCUUCCUCAGCCUCGGCUGCUGCUGCGUCCUCGUCCUCGUCGCCUACGGAGAGCGCUGUCAUGCAAAUCAGGGCGAAGAGAACCUGCUAUGCCGCUGCCUCAUCUGAGGCACGAGGAUGGGCCGAGCUCCCGGACGACUUGCUCCGACCCAUCGUUGCUCUCCUCAGCUCGUCGUUCCGCGACCUCCUCGCCUUUGGUUCCACCUGUCAUCCCUGGCGUGAUUUCUCAGCGCACACGUCCUCUUUGUACCCUCUCCUCCUCCACCCGAGUACCGACCGCCAACAGUAUCCCUGGUAUGACUAUGACUACUGGACCCUUUUCCACGAAUGCACGUGGAGAUUGGCUGAUCCUGCUGCCGCCUCAUCCUAUCCCAGUUUGCUUUCCUUGAGUGAUCUCAGGGGAAUGUUCUUUCUGCGCUGCUCCUACGGUCACCUCAUCUUCUUCGACAAUAAGGGGUUCUACAUUGUUAAUGCGUUCAGUGGCGCUAAGGUUGUGCCUCCUUGCCUCAAGUCAGACAACUUCAUUCACAUUAGCUAUGCCACCUUGACUGCCCCUGUUGCAUCCGCUGACUCGCAUCUCCUUGUCGGCAGCGGAGGCUAUCUGUUUCAGUGGCGCGUCGGGAGCGACUCUUGGUUGGAACACUAUCCUAAAGUUCCUUUUCUUACGAUUGAACAAAUUGUGGCCUUCAAAGGCAAAACAUACACCCUAGGGUCUUUUGGGUCCUUCUGCAUCGUACAAUUUUCGCCCUGUCUCUUAGUUCAGAAGUUUGAAAUUAUGUUUGAGGAAGAUAGAACUGAAGAUCGCUAUUGGACAAAUCAAAAAACAUGGCUUGUGGUGUGCGACGUGCUUCUCUUAAUCAAACUUGAGGCAGUAAAAAGGAUAAGCUCUGAGGCUUUCCAGUUCAAGGCCUUCAAGCUCAAGUCGUUGGACGCCAAGAACAAGAAAGCAAGGUGGGCGAAGGUGGACAGGUUGAAUAACUGGGCCAUCUUUGUCAGCGCCGACGGGCGAUGCGAGGCGUUGUCGUUCAUGAACCCGGAGAGAUGGGGAGGGAGGAGCAACCACAUAUACUUCCCAAGUUAUGAGUCUGAACGACCUUGGGCUGCAGUGCAACUAUGGCAAAAAGCUAACAACCAUUCGACAAGUUCGUGGCUCUCGAAAACUGGAAGCCAGUACCACAGAUUGGUGCCAACCUGGGUCCUCCCUAGCGCAUAUCCUCGCUCUGGUCAGCAAUGAUCUUACGGCCAUCGCAGGCGUGGUUGGUGAUUGUCCUCUGAUACAGCUUCCCUGGGAGAGUUCUACCUUGUUUGGAGCAGUUACAUGAUGAGUAGUUUUACUGAAUGUUCUUAACUUUUUUUCUAAACUUGCAUUGCAAA